AUGUUCGAGUCUCCAUGUCGCGCGUCGCGCGAGCACAAGCUCGUGCAAGCUCGUGCAUCCGAGCUGUCGCCGGUUAGGGUUAGGGUUCCUCCGGUCUCGCGCCAGACCGGAAUCCGCGGCGCGCGCCGCGUCUUCACUUUGGAUUCAACUUCCAUUGCCGACCGUUUGUGCUCGCGCGGUCCCCUAUACCUUAUCCCUCUCGCAUUCCGCAUCCAUUUAUACUGUGGAUUUGCCAUGGGAAGACUUCCCCAAGGGCAUAAACCCAGCAAAAUUACCGGUGGCUUCCGUCAGCAUGAUGUACAGGGUGACAACAACCUCAAGAAGAUACAGAAGGCGCUUUCGGGCUCGAUCUGGCGCCACAAGAGCGCCGUCUUGAAAUCUCUACCGCUCAAGACUGCACUAUUCGACGUUGGGCAGCCCCUAGAGUCCCAACUUCUGCAAUUCAAGUUGAAAGACGAGUUUGCAGGAGCCAAAGACCUCUUCCAGGCUGUAGCACGAGCUCAAGAUGAGCUCGAACGUUCAUCCCUCACCCGUGCGGACAAGGCAUCUCUGCAGACCAUUCGAUUGCUCGGACUCUCGCAUGAUAGUCACCAGGACGUGCCUCUAUACAGUCCCUCUGACAUAUUGAAGCUGUCUCAAACAGACCUCUCGUCAAGCGGUGACUUUCGAGGAACACAUGAUAGCUUAUACCGCCUCAUCAUUCUGGACUGGGUCUUCAAUACCGUUCUGACGAUUCCUCCUUCCAAGCGAUCAGUCUCACCUUCUUUAUGGCCAACACCUGUCUCCGGUCCUACAGCGGUGCUGUAUUCGGAACUAGUGAACAACUGGCCACAGAAGUUGCAACACACCGUUAAUGCUGUGCUGCAGAUUUCCGAGGGUCGGAAAGCGUACGAGCAAGCUUACGGUGCAGUUGUGGAGGAGGAGGAGGAAUCGAUGGAAGAGGGAAGUGAGCUUGAACGAAGUGAAGGCAUGCAAGCAAUCGGGACCAGGGCUCUAGCGCCCGGUUUGGCGGGAGCAGUGGAGCAAUUUGCUCGUUUCGAUGCCUUGACAGACGUUGGGCCAUCUAUUACGAACAUGAUUCUCGCUGCACUUGCGCUGGCAUAUCUGCUCAAGGUUGAGAGCAAUAGCCAAACGAAAAGUCUGCGCGACUUCGCCGACCAUUUGCUCUGUCAUGAGCAACAUUCAUCCGCGUUUAAGAAGUACUUUCAAAACGUAUCACAGAACCACAACCGCAAGGCUUUGGCUCUGCAGCCGCUGCUUUUAUCGGUCUUCAUAUCCCCAAUCCUCCUCCUCCUUGGUUGUCGGGUAUUCAAUAGCACCGAGCCUUGGCGGCUCAUGCAUAUCCUAGCGAUAUUUCAGAGGCGUGUCGAAGGUCCAUCGUGCAACAUAAAGUGCAUUGAGGAUUUGAUCAGCCGCACUAUCAUCCGGAUCGCGGUGAACGAAGCCGAUGCAUACAAGUCCACCAUCUCGAUGCUGGUGCACUUGACACCUUUGCUCAAAGAACUGGUCCCCGGUGACUCCAAGUACUUCGAGGGUCCGUGUAUAGACCCUGAGCCCGUCUCUCAGACUCUCGGGCAUAUAAGCCCAGAAAUAGAUGAUCCUUCAGCGUCUGGAUCGACUCCGAAGCAGACCGAGAUUGCUACAAGGACCGAAGAGGAGAUGCUUUGUGACCAUAUCAAUCGUGCGGCACAGCAAACCUUCGGACUGUCAUCAGAUGAAGAGGAUGAGGACAUCGCAAGUGCUCCGGGUGCCGAUACCCCAUCUGGUCUGACCGACAAGACAACUUCCUCUAAUACGCACAGUGGCCCUCCCCUUGAACAACUGGAUACAGACCCUGUAGAACCCUCGCCAGCACCCGAGUCAGCCACCGUGCAGCCAGGAGGACGUCCAAAACGAACUGUAGCAACUACAAGCCGGGUGACGCAGCCGCCGCCAUGUGGACCGCCGCGCAAGCCAUACAAACGAACUCGUACAGCACGCACGCCCGAUGUUCUGCCCUCGGAUGGGGAAGAAGAUGUUGACGACGACGUCUCAUCUUCGGACGAGUCCGAUGUGUUGCUGCUUGACGUUAUCCGACCGGAACCUGCUAUAUCGAGGAACGGCAUCCGUCAGGUCUGGAAAGGGGAGGGGCCUCGAGAUGUGUAUUCAGAUGAGCACGCGCCGAAGAUGGCAAACGGUCUACAGCUUACUGGCAAGUCACGUCGUAAAAGCCGCCCAUUUGUUCUGGUAAAUGGAUGUACGGCUAGCGGUGGCAUCAGGACGUUCGAGGUCAAACUGCCACAUCAUGGCCCAGAGCAGCAUGAGUACCGGAGGCUGUGGAGCGAUAUAGGAGCAAGUAUGUCCGCUCAAGUAGCGGCCGGUCCUAUUCAAGAAGACAUUAACCAUGGCUGUCCUUACUUCAUCAAGGUCUUUUCCAUGCAGGAGUGGAUCCAUGCAUUCGACCUCUUACAUGGGCAGCCAGUCUUCGAGGCCAUGCGGGAUCGCAAGGCUAUAUGGAUCCAAGGCAGCGAGAUGGACAAUUUCUUUCAGGAGAAGUGGGAAUGGACUCUGAGAUGCCUCGAGCGAAUUGUUCCGGCCGGUCAACACAUACGUGUGCAAGAUCCGGAGCAGGAAGAUAGUGACAUGACGGCAUCGCUACAUACAUGCACACUGAAGGAGUUCAUGGAUGCGGCAGACUCUGGGCGGAUUCUCAAUAUGCUUGAUGCCCCGGCAUCAUCUGGGAUCGAGAAUGUUCGUAGCUGGAGAGAGUUCUCUAGUAAUCAUCACUCUCAAGCUGCGAGAGAGCGGCACCUACGCAUGAAUAGUGACAACCCAAAUGUCGAACCAGAGAACGUCAGUGAUCGCGCCCUCUACCAGGAGAUCGCCACUUCCUCAAGCUGGUCCAUAAUCUCGCUCGAGGGAGCAAACUCGCUUCAGCACACUGACGCGGCGGGUGUCUGGACUACUAUCAUGGUGCCACAUGGUGGGAAACUGUGGGCCAUGCGAAGUGCGAUGCGUACGGACUCACGCCACGAUGUCCGACAUCUGGGAUUUGCUCGAGAUUUCGACAUGUAUGACGCCGAUGUAGCCAGCAACUGGGCUACAGUAUAUCUAGAAACGGGUCACUCAUUGUAA